ACUAUUUAAUACCAGUUUCCUGCAUGUGUCAACUGCAAGAGAUAUUGCAAAUAUAAAUUGUAACUUUUAUUAUUAGUAUCGUUCGGUUCCUGCAAAAUUUUUUGAUACAUUUAUAAAUUGAUAUGGAAGAAACUGCUAAUAAGGAUUAUGAACCUGAGAAGAUUGACGAAAAAGCAGGAAAACAGGAUGAGAGCGAUAAUGCAGAUAAAAUUGAGCCUACAUUAUCAAAAAAACAGCAGAAAAAGCUUGCUAAAUACGAAAAAAGAAUGGCAUUCAGAUCAGAAAAAAGACAACAGGAAAAAUUGAGGAAAAAAGAAAGAAGGAAAGAAUGUUUGGAAAAGGGUCUUGAAGUACCACCAUCCAGAAAAAGUCUCAAGAAGAGGAAAAUGAAAGAAUCCUCUUGCCAGAUUCGUGUUGUUAUGGACUGUGGAUUCAACGAUUUAAUGAAUGAAAAGGAUAUUGGUUGCUUAUCAAAGCAAAUACAAAACUCUUACGCCGUGAAUAGAAGAGCUCCGUCACCUCUACAAUUACACAUAUGCAAUGCGAGCGGUGAACUUUUAAAUCAACUUCAAAUUAAAGGCUCGGACAAUUGGGACAUUGUUUUCUUAGACAAACCUUAUUACGAGGAAUUUGAUAAAAAAUCAAUUGUUUACCUAAGUAGUGAUUCGGAAAAUGUUUUAAAUACUCUUGAAGUGGAUAAGGUUUAUAUAAUAGGAGGUCUGGUCGAUCACAAUCAUUCAAAAGGACUUUGCUUAAAGUUAGCCGAAGAACGAGGUAUUUCUCAUGCACAGCUACCAAUAGGAAAAUAUAUACAAAUGUGUCAAAGAAAAGUUCUAGCGGUUAACCAUGUUUUUGAUAUUUUGUUAAAGUUUAGUGAACAAAAUGAUUGGAAAGAAGCUUUUGAAACAGUUUUACCUAAAAGAAAAAAAGUUUAA